AUGAUUCAGCUCGCAAAAGUGGAAGAGGACCUUUCAGACCUCCUCGACACCCACCAGGACCGACCGACCGAAGUCAGACGCCGAGACCAGGUCAAGAUCAUCACCACUCCCUGGACCGAAACACAGACACUGCGAACAGCACGCGUGACAGUCGAGGCGGGAGUAAAAAGGUUUCACUUUAGGGCAUCGAGGACAUGUAGUCAUCAGCAAGGGUGGAGAUUCUGUGGCUCUUUUAAAGAGUUUAGAAAGGGGACGUCUACUCUAAAGUGA